ACCAACAAUGGGCUACAUAUAUGAGGCGAUGGAGCGAUGUAAGCUUGCAAUAAAAAACGAUUGUGAACACUAUAAGCGUUAUUGGACUAUGGUAGACAAAAGGUGGGACUCCAAUCUACAUACAGACUUACAUUCAGCAGGAUGUUUCUUAAACCCUGAAUACAUGUAUGGAGCAACACAUAUUGGAACAGAUAGAGAGCUCUUAAAAGGGGUGAGAAGUGUGAUAUUGAGAAUAGAGCGGGAUCCAGAUGCACAAAUCAAGGCACUCCAACAAAUUUAUUGGUACCGUGAUAAGAAUGAGAGUUUCGGUAGUAAUUCGGCACAACGGGCAGUAAAAAAAAUGGAUCCAGCUAUGUGGUGGAUGACAUAUGGUGAAAGUACCCCUGAACUAAAGAAAAUUGCAGUGAGAGUUUUAAGUCAAACCACAUCAUCAUCAAAUUGUGAAAGAAACUGGAGUAUGUGGAGUCUAGUUCAUACUAAAAUAAGAAAUAGGUUGAAAUACCAAAGGCUCCAUCAAAUUGUUUACCUUCGUUGCAACAUGAAAUUAAAAAUGAGGCAUUUGAGGAGGCAUGGUAAUGAUGAGCUCAAUGCCAGUUAUGAUCCAAUUAAUUUGGAUUACAUAUUUGAUGUCGAAGAUCCAUUAAAUGAGUGGCUAGAGGAAUCUGAAGCACCUGUUUUUGAAGGAGAUAAUAUGAGUUGGCUAGACGAAUAUGAUGAUGAUGAUGGCGACGACGAUGGUGGUGGUGGUGCUAGUCAAGGUUCAAUUCAUUUAAGCACCGAUCCAAGUCAACAAGCUGGUGCUAACAAUCAAUCUAUUUUAACUCCACCAAGUAGUGACGAUGGAGAUGACGAUAAUGCUGGUAACACUCAUGGUGAAAAUGCAUUUGACCAAUCUUAUUCAAAUGAACAAAUUGAGCGCUUUCCGAACCCACGAGACUCUACAUCUGAAAGACAAUACCCCCAAACGUUUCAAAGACGUACAAGGGCAAGACAACCUUCAAAUGAACCACUAGAUAGUGAGUCAUGGAAUGGAUUGUCUACAAAUGUGUUUCCAUCCGAGUCGGUAAAUUCUACAUCUCAAGGUCCUACCUCCCAAGAUUACAAUUACCAAGAUAAUUUUCCUGAUGAUUGCAAUUACCAGGGACCAAGUGUAGGCGACUUUGGUUAUUAUGAACCGCAACCUCCAGAUGGCGUUUAUGUCAAUAACCAUGGCACGAUUAAUUAUGGGGGUGUUCAUUAUCAUCAACCAUCAUAUUAUGGUAGUGGUAGUGGCAACUCAAGUCAAAAUGAAUCACCAUGGGCAGAUGGUACGGGGUCAUACUUUUUUGGGGACUAUGGAAGAAAUAACAACAAUGAGGAUACCCAAACAAUUCCGCCGCGUAAUUCCUUUUGGUAUUAAUUUUUAGUUUUCGAGAAUUUAAGUCAUUUAAUUAAAUAAAACAUUUUCGUCGUGCGUUGUAAACUUGUAAUAUCUAAUCGGUAGCAAUUGUAUUAUUGUACAAAUAUUAGAGUUGAUGUAAUAAUGUAUAAUGUUAUUAAUAGGCUUUCUAUUGUGUGUCAAUUAUAAACCAAGCCUUUAGCUAUAAGCUUAGAUUGGAACGAAACAAAAAUAAAAUAUAAAAGAACAAAAAGGGAUAAAAAGAAAAAAAGAAAAAGAUAAUAAAAAAGCAGAAAAUUGGAUUUGUAAAUGAUAGCUGCCAGCUCUUUACUCUUACUCUCCAUCUAUUUGUAACUUAGGCGCCAAUUAUUUGACAUUAGGCGCCAAAACUUAGCAACUAGGCCCACAAAAAAUAAAGAUCAACUGAAUACUACUCUUCCAUACUCCCUUAACUUCCAUUCUCUUUCCUCUCCACUCGCCAUUGCAACGCAACUCGCAAGCACUGAAGUCUGAAGCUCAUCUUGUCCGCUUCUUCUGGUAAACUUCCUUUUGU